AUGGCGUUCGUGGAGGGCCCGGAGCUUCGAAAGCAGCUCGAAACUCUUCCGGCUGCAGAGCGCGAGAGUCUCAUCAAGCCAUUUCUGCUGCCUCCGCGGGUUCGAAAGUCGUCCGUCAAGGGCCGCAAGGGAAACUCGAAGCCAGUCCGCACAUUUCUCCGGUCGAAGCUAUACUAUCUUCUCUAUUUCCUAAUACACAUCGUCUUCAGCAUCUAUACGCGGAUACGCCAGAGCUACCAUGCCAUCGUCGAUCGUGUACUCGCAAUAUUAUACUACCACCAUCGAACGCCCGAGCUGAUCCGGAAGGACGUGAGAGGGCUGAACAGGCUGCCAGAGCAUCUCAGCGUGGUGCUGACGCUCAGGAAAGAUGAAGACUCCCUGGAGACGCUCAUGGACGAGGUGGCCGAGUUGACUGCCUGGAGCUCAUGCGCUGGGAUUCCGGCAUUGAGCAUCUACGAGAAGACCGGUAUCCUGAAAUCACACAUACCAGCUCUCCAUAGAAUCAUCACCAGCAAACUCGACACUUACUAUGGCCCGCCAUCCCAUCAGCCCGCUCUCGGCGUGUUUGCCCCCCAUCACCCGCUAUACGCGCCUACACUCGUCCCUCAAUCGUCAAAGUCGAACAUCGAGACAAUCACCGUCCUCCUCCUCUCGAGCACGGAUGGCCGUGAGACACUGGUCGACCUUACCAAGACACUCGCUGAAAUGGCACAGCAUGGCAAGGUCUCACCGCAGGAUAUCGGCACCAAGCUGAUCGAUGCUGAAUUAGCUGAGAUGAUGACCAUCCCAGCACCUUCACCCCAAGAAUCCGGAAACGACACCAACGGCACAGAUUCGGCAGCUGGGAAUAACCUGACCCCGUUGACCAAGGCAGAUCCAGAUCUGGUCCUUAUCUUCGGCCCAUAUGUCAAGCUAGACGGUUACCCUCCAUGGCAAAUUAGGUUGUCAGAGAUAUUCUGCACCGGAGACCAUAGCACCGGCAUUGCUGGCGAGGUCGAGGCCGUAGAAUAUCAAAGAUUUAUAAAGGGGCUGUGGAGGUAUGCCAGAGCUGAAAUGAGGUUCGGACGAUAG